AUGUCUGAUAAUAAUAUUUUAUUUGAUAACAAUCGCGAAAGGAUUCCUGAUGAUUCUUAUGAUUACAAUUGCAAAAAUAUCCAUUAUAGUGAUAACUGCAAAAAUAUUCCUUAUCAUGACAAUCAUGAUACUCCUUAUAAUGAUAGCUGCGAAAAUAUUUCUUAUAAUGAUACAUCUUUUAAUAAUCAAAAUACCUAUACUUCUUCAUCACGUCA